AUGGGGGCUCAACUACAACAGCAGCAGUCGCAGCCGCCGCCGAGGAAUUCCGAGGAGCCCGCCAGGCCGCGCGGGCUCUACAGCAUAGACCAGAUCCUGGGCACAGCCUCCGUGAAGGAAGACAACAACCAUCUGCACGAACAGUUCGACGAUACGGACUGCGGCCGCGCGGAAAGCGGCUCGACGACUUCCGGAGACCUGGACGCGGCAGAGGCGGACGCCGAGGAGGCCAAGCCCCGCAAGGUGCGCCGCUCCAGGACCACCUUCACCACGUUCCAGCUGCACCAGCUGGAGCGCGCCUUCGAGAAGACGCAGUAUCCGGACGUGUUCACCCGCGAGGAGCUCGCAAUGCGCCUCGACCUCAGCGAGGCGCGCGUCCAGGUGUGGUUUCAGAACCGAAGAGCAAAAUGGCGCAAACGGGAGAAGGCGCUAGGCAGGGAAACUGCCGGCUUCCUACACGGCGAUCAGCCAGGUCUGGCUGACUUCGUGCCGUCGCCGCUGGGUCUGCCGCCUCUGCCUCCGGAUCCUUUCUGGCCGGGGGCGGCGCUGGGCUUCACCCCGAUGUUCGGGCUGGGUCUGCCAUGGGGGCCCGGCGGCAAGGCCGGCCACCCACCGCCGCCGCUGCAGGCGCUUCUGUCGCAGUACAUGCUGGCCGGAGGCGGUCUGCCGCUGGCCGCCGCAUUCCCGCUGCCGCCCCCGCUGCCGCACGCCGCGCAGCAGCACCAGCACCAGCAGCCGCCCCCACAGCCGCAGGAGCGGCCGUCGCCCCCGCCGCCUCCACCGGCUCCGGAGCGCGCAGCCUCCCCGCAGCCGUGCGCGUCACCGGAGUCCCGCAAACACAGUAUCGAAGCACUGCGCAUGCGCGCCAAGGAGCACCAGGUGGCGCUGCAGCAGCGCCUCGCCGCCGUCGCCGCCGCAGCCGCCUCCGCGUCUUCGCCGCCCCCGCCGGCACCGCCGGGCGCCGCCUCCACCCCGCCGGUUCCCGCCAAGUCGUAG